AUGUCAUCCAACCAACCUCUUCACCGCCGAAGUUCCGAUCCGAGAAAGGGAAAAGAAAUGGACGAUUUAAACCCUGGAAGGAACAAGAAUCUCUUGCAGGCCCCUUCUUCUAGUGAAGCCGUGUUGAUACCUUUUCAAUCCGUAUCCAACACCACUCGACCCAAGAAUCCUUCCAGAGACCCUCAUAAAGCUAGUAUGGCCAAGCGGAUAGGCAAUUUGUUUUCAACAAAACCGCCGAAGGGGAGGGACCAUCACGGUGAAACAUCGAGUUUGGCCGUCCAGUACGACAAUGCGACAAUUCAAAGUGCUGACGGCCAGCAGUCGGUCGAAGCCGUAUCGGUGGCACCCACUUUGCACAGUCAAGCAACUCAGAAGGCUUCCAAUCGACCAGAAAAGAUCAAAGAAGAAGAAAAAUCAAAGAAACCAACGAAGCAUUGGAAGAAGUUUAAGAAGUUGGUGGGAGUCAAGUCAACAAAGACGGAAAAAUUGGAACCCAUUGCCGUCUCCACGGAACAACGGAAUGCCAAAUUAGAUGUAGCCAUCCUUGGACGUAUGGAUGGGAUUGAUCCGCUAUCUUUGGGUCCUGCAAAUUUAUCAUCGUUUCCAAUCAACUCUGACGAUGGUGCCAUUAGAUUCUCAAAUAAGAAUAUGGGAGAAAACAAGACGACGGAGGGUGCUGCUCCGCCGUCGAUUGAUUUCGAUCCACUGAAGCUGUCUUUUACGACACUUUCGAAAUCGUGGAAUCCUUCUGAUAUUGUUUCGGAUUCCAUAUGGUCGGCUGGAGGAAUGGAGCAGCCAGAGUUGGUCUUGGAAGGCUUUGCAAAUGAGAGAUGGACACUACGGUUCAACGAAACGCCGUCGACACCAACGAGUUCUUCCACCGGUAGCUCUAGCUUUGUACCACGAUUGCAACCGAUCGAUGAUGAUGACGAGUCCUCUACUCUUACUGAUAACGAAUUCCCAUUGAGAGGCUUGUGGAAUCAGUUAUGGGGCAAUAAACCGCCAUCACCUACUCUUGCGUCUCCGAGCUCUCCAGGAGGGCCAGAAGCAAAUGCGCAUGAAGAAUUGCUUGAAAUCGCUGCAGCUUGUUCGGUUCCAGUGGAUUUAGAUGAAGGUACAUUUAUCAUUGAUAGUCCGGACCACUUACGGUCAGUUCAUGAGAUGGUUACGAUACCUCUUCAAGCUCAAAGAUUUGAUAGUGCGCUGCUGGUGUUUGAAAAUCUACUGAAAGGUUUGGACCAAGGGCAAAAUUCAAACUUGCAGCACUUGGUGGGGGCAACACAUCACAAUAUUGGACUAGUCCACCUUUGCAUUGGAAACUUUGGAGAUGCACUGCUGUCAUUCCAAAAAGCAGUGGAGGCCCGGAUUGAUUUCUUUGCUUCCCAUCACCCACUGGUUGCAGUUUCAUUAGUUCGACAAGGUGAAGCUCAAUUUGCCCUUGGAGUUUUUGCAGACGCCUUGGAAUCCAUGAAACGGGCACUUGCAAUGUCUCCGAUAGAAGACUGCACACGAGCCAAGAUUCUCAACAAUCUUGGAGUUGUCCACUAUCAGCUUGAUAAUUAUGAAGAAUCCCUCGAUGCCUUUAUAGCCGCACUCGAAAUCCAGCGAAGAAUGCUGGGGAGUCCAAUCCGGCGGCAACAUAUUGUUCAUGAUGCCUCAUUGACCAUGUGCAAUAUGGGGAAACUGUACAUCAAACAAGCUCUUUUCCGAAUGUCUUAUACAGUUUUUGAGGAGGCCUUUGUGCUCCAAACGACUGCAUAUCCCAAGGAUCAUGACAUUGUGCUAUCAACGUUAAAGAGCAUGGCACUUGUGCUUGCCAAGAAUAGCCAAUUUGCCGAAUCGUUACCAAUCUUUCGAAACAUGCUGCGACAUCAAGAAGAACGAUUUGGCAGUGAUAGUGAGCACUACACGGAAACAAUGGGAAUGAUUGGAUGUCUUCUCGCCAAGGACUUGGAAUUCGACGAGUCCGCAAGUUGUCUCAAACAGGUGAUUGAGUGGCAAACCAAGCACUUGACGGACGCAAAUCCCAAGACGAAAAUGACCAAGGAAGCACUGGCAACCGUGGAAGACAUUGCACAAGGAAAGGUAUCAAUAUGGGUGUAG